AUGCUGCGCCGAAAGAUCGGAUACACCGACCCGUCGUCGGGUAAAGAUAUCCUCGGCAAUCGGUCCCUUUGUUUCAUGUUUAUCUGCGCCUUUGGACUUGUGACACUGUUGCAACAGAUUCUCUAUGGGAAAAACUACAUUAAGAGUGCGCAACAGUUUAGCCGACUCAAAGGGGACGAGACAGGAAAUUGGAGCGGUCCCGUUAAUUUCUCGGAUGACGGAUCUCUGAAGCCCGCCAGAAAUGGAAGGAAAAGAUGUUUCCGUCAGCAUUAUCAGCCAGAUUCAAAGAUCUCCAUAAUAGUCACACCCUGCCUAGCCGAUAUUAAGAAGAAAAACAAACGCUCUCACAGGUAUUUGGGAAACUAUGAUGGGCCCUUCGAGUACAACUCGACAACAUGCAAAGAGCUCAGACAGGAGAUUAUGGACGUCAAAGUCCUGACAAUGGUCAAAACCUCUGAUCUGUUUGAGAGAUGGCGCAACCUGCAGGUGUGUAAGUGGGAGCAGAACAAGGAGGAGGCCAGCAAUUUCAAGAUGUCGUUGUCUCGCUGCUGCAACGCUCCUUCCUUCCUCUUUACUACCAAGAGGAACACCCCCGCCGGAACCAAGCUAAGGUACGAGGUGGACACCAGCGGCAUCCUUCCCAUCACCACUGAGGUCUUCAAGAUGUUUCCAGAUGAUAUGCCGUACUCCAAAUCCCAGUACAAGAAAUGUGCCGUGAUCGGAAAUGGCGGCAUCAUCAAGAACAGCAACUGCGGAAAGGACAUAGAUUCGGCAGAUUUUGUGUUCAGAUGCAACAUACCACCCAUCAGUGAGAAGUACUCCGCUGACGUCGGCACAAAAACGGAUCUGGUGACCGUAAAUCCAAGCAUUAUCACCGAGAGGUUUCAGAAGCUGGAGAAAUGGCGGCGUCCCUUCUACAAUGUGCUGCAGAAUUACGAGAACUCAUCUGUGGUCCUCCCGGCAUUCUACAACACGCGCAACACGGAUGUUUCCUUCCGGGUCAAGUACAUGCUGGACGACUUUGACUCUCAGAGGGCGGUCUUCUUCUUCCACCCACAGUACUUGCUCAACGUGCAGCGCUUCUGGGCGGUGCAGGGUGUGAGGGCCAAGCGUCUGAGCAGUGGCCUCAUGCUGGUGACCGCAGCGCUGGAGAUGUGCGAGGAGGUGCACCUCUACGGCUUCUGGGCCUUCCCCAUGAACCCGUCGGGCAUCUUCAUCACGCACCACUACUACGACAAUGUCAAGCCGCGCCCGGGCUUCCACGCCAUGCCACACGAGAUUUUCAACUUCAUCCACAUGCACGCCCGCGGAAUCGUGCACGUUCACACGGGGCCGUGCACGUGA